AUGCAGCGUGUAAACGUACCUUUAAUGCCUCGUCAUAAAUAAUUUGAGACAUAUUAUAAUUUUACUAUUAAACAAUUUAUAUCAGCUAUGUAUUACUAUUUCAUUAAAUUUUGGAACAAAAUAUCACAAUCCUCUUUUUCUUAAAAUCUUCUAAUAUAUCUAGAGUACGAUAAUUCAGCUUAGAGUUUAAAUUAAGUUGAAACUGAAUUGGCUUUUGUGAGCAAUUUCAAGCGACUAUUUGAGUUUACUGAAAACUUCAUAUAUGGGCAACGGAGAUUUAGAAUUUUAUCAAUAUUAUCUUACAAUAUCAUCAUGUUAUUAAUGAGAAUACAUAUCCGUCAUUUAUUAGGAUUCAUCUGAAUAUGUAUUAUGUUCAACUGCAUAUACUGCCACGAUUGCAGACUUAAUAUUAUUUAUUAGUUGUCUAUUGAAUUAUGGCUGUACGUCGAGGAAACAGAAACUUGAAAUUGCAGGUCUCUGAAGAGACACCUGUGCCUGUCACUCCGCCAAGAAAUUUGGAUAAAAGAACAACAAUAACCAUAGGUGAUAAAACAUUUGUAGUAGAGGCGGAUGAUUUAGAAACAAUCUGUAUUCUUGGACGAGGAGCAUAUGGUAUUGUGGAUAAAGUACGACACAAACAAAGUGGUACUAUUAUGGCAGUUAAGAGAAUAACUGCAACAGUUAAUACACAGGAACAAAAGCGUUUACUUAUGGACUUAGAUAUUUCCAUGCGUAGUUCAGCAUGUCAAUAUACAGUACAAUUUUAUGGAGCAUUGUUCAGGGAAGGAGAUGUUUGGAUAUGUAUGGAAGUUAUGGAUAUGAGUUUGGACAAAUUUUAUACGAAAGUGUAUAAGCAUGGUCGUGCCAUUCCUGAAGAUAUUUUGGGGAAAAUUGCUUUUGCAGUAGUAAGUGCAUUACAUUAUCUGUAUUCACAGUUACGGGUGAUCCACAGGGAUGUGAAACCUAGUAAUAUUUUAAUUAAUCGAAAAGGAGAGGUCAAGAUCUGUGACUUUGGUAUAUCUGGUUAUCUCGUGGAUUCUGUUGCUAAGACUAUCGAUGCCGGUUGUAAACCAUAUAUGGCUCCAGAAAGGAUAGACCCGUCGGGUAACCCUUCACAAUAUGACAUCAGGUCUGAUGUUUGGUCGUUAGGUAUAUCCCUUGUUGAACUAGCGACAGGAAAAUUUCCCUAUGAAUCUUGGGGAACACCUUUUGAACAAUUAAAACAAGUUGUAAAGGAUGAAGCACCAAAGCUGCCAGCUGAUAAAUUUUCGCCCAAUUUUGAAGAAUUUAUCAAUAAAUGUUUAAUGAAAGAUUAUACUGCCCGUCCAAAUUAUAAUCAAUUAUUGAAACUUGAUUUUAUCACAGAGCAUGCCAAAAAGGACAUAAAUGUUGCUGAAUUUGUUGGAGAAAUUUUGGACCUACCUGAAGUUGAGUAAUCAGCAUAGUAUAUAAAUAUUUUUGACAUGGUGUGUUACGUGAUCUUUAAUGUAACUUCGUAUUAUGUAUCGAAGUUAUAUAAUCAGUUCUCUAUAUCUUCAUCAGCCAUAUUAUUCACUCAUACAUACACACGCUACAAGUAAAUUAAAGUAUAGUGUAAAACAUAAUAUAUGUAACUUUUGUCUAAAAAUCUAUGUCUUCAGAAGUUCACUUUCUUGUUUGUUCAAUAUGUAACCUAUGUAUAAUUUUCAUUAAUAAUUUCUUCCGGAUUAGUAACUAUUCUUUAAACAGAGAGCAAACCCAUGUAAAUAAUAUACAAAUAUUUUCUCACAUAUAACAAUAGAUCGUUAUUGUAGUAAUGUAGUAAAUAAAAUCUAAAUUAUAAAUACUUGAUUAAUCUAAGUAUUAUAUAUAUAUAUAUAUAUUUCUAUAUAACACGUGCUCUACAUAACGUGAUUCUAAUGAUAAUAAAUUAGUGAUAUUAAUAUAAAUAACACGAACGACAACUGAAAAAAUAUUUACUUACGAGGAAAACUUAUGUAAAAAAUAUCCACCCUUUUGAGAAAGUUUAAAUAUAAAAAAAUAUAGAGCUAAUUACAUUUGUCCAUUUAUAUAUACUGUAAUAAUGUAACAGAUAUUAAUUGAUAAUAAAUAUAAUUGUGAAACAUA